AAUCCAUCGGACAAGAAGAAAAAAGAGGUGCAGUUUGAAGGUGCAGUUUCCCUGCAGAAUGCAGAGCAACUCCUAGGGUUUCUUCCCUCAAACUCGUUACCAUGACUCGCUUGAACACAGAGCAGCUCCUCGAGGAUAACAACACCCAAGACCCGCUCGCCAUCGCUACUCUCAAGCUCAAUCACAAGGCUCUUUCCGAUGUAGAUGGUUUGUUCGUUUUCAAAAACUUGGAGAAGCUCGAUCUGACGUUCAACAAUCUCACAUCGCUUGAGGGGUUGAAGUGCUGCACUAAUUUGAAGUGGCUCUGUGUUGUGCAAAAUAAACUUGAAAGCUUGAAAGGAAUUGAGGGACUUUCUAAACUAACUGUAUUAAAUGUGGGAAAGAACAAGCUUCAAUCAAUGGAUGAAAUUAGACCCCUCAUUGGCUUAUGUGCUUUGAUUUUGAAUGACAAUGAGAUUUCUUCUAUUUGCAAGCUUGACCAGAUGAAGAACCUGAAUACUCUUGUUCUUUCAAGAAAUCCAAUCCAUAGUAUUGGUGAUUCUCUAUUCAAGGUGAAAUCAAUGAAAAAGUUAUCUUUUUCUAAUUGCAAACUUCAAUCUAUUGAUUCUUCCCUCAAGUCUUGCACUGAAUUGAAAGAACUUCGACUUGCUCACAAUGAAAUCAAGAUGCUCCCCCAUGAUUUGGCUCAUAACAAGAAAUUGCUAAAUUUGGAUUUGGGAAAUAAUGUCCUAAUGAGAUGGUCAGAUCUGAAGGUGUUGAGUUCAUUAGGUAAUCUGAGAAACCUUAAUCUUCAAGGGAAUCCUAUUGCUGAAAGUGCUAAAUUAGAUAAAAAGAUUCGUAGAUUACUGCCGGGCUUGCGGGUAUUGAAUGCCAGACCAAUUGAUAAAUACAUCCAGAAUGAGAAGGACAAGAGGAGUGAUAAAGAUGAUGAUACUUCGGUCAAGAAGCCAGAGCUUAAAAAAGAGAAAAAAGAUGGCAAACUGAAAAUGGAUACCCAGAUGGAUUUGUUUAGUCAAGGCAGUGAUGGUGAGCUCGAUCAUGCUGAUGAUAUUGACAUGGAAAAGGAGUUGAAGCACAAAAAACGCAAGAUGGACAAGUUCACCCAGGAGAAGAAAGAAAUUUCAUCUCUUGAUGAUAAGAGAGAUCACGGCAAACUGAACCCAACAGGUGAUACUGCAAAAGAUAAAAAGAGUUCGAAGCAGAAAAGGGCAAAAACUGAUAGCGAACCAUCUUCGCUGCAUACCAAGGUUGAAAAGCAGAAGAAGAAAACAAAGAAGGGCGGGGAAGGGCAGGUUGAUGUUAUUGACGACACCGAAGCACCAUUCGAACAGCUUUUUGGAGGUGAUAGCGUCGAAGACAUGGACUCUGGUCACGGAAAGGUCACUGAGAAAGCAGUAGAGGACACGAAUUCAGUGGCUAACUUGGUGUCAUUUGCAGCCAACAGAAAGGAGUCUAAGAAAAGCCACAGCAGAAGUGCAAGGUUACAGUUACCCCCAGUAGUUGAAAUCGGAAUGGGUGGAGCAUCAACAUGGGAUGAUGAGUAAAUACUAGGGAAAAUUUUGAUCUCAUGGCGGUUCCAAUAUAUCAACAGAUUGGUAUGCAGUGAUCGAUAAGAACAAUGGGUUUGAAACUCAUUUUAGUGUUUGGCUAUCAAAGGAACCUACUAACUUGAUUCUUUUAUUUUUCCUUUUACAUGGAAUGAUAGAGGAUUUUUUUACUUAUGUGGGUCUUUCACUAGGUGGUGUUAUGAUAACCAGAAGACGGAGUCUAUUUGUUAAUUUAUUAGUGGCUUGCUUUGGCAUUGAGGAUAUGGAGGUCAAUGGAUGAUAUGAGAGAUUUAUUUGAUAAGGUAUUAAUGAAGUUAUGAAAUGAUCUUAUAAUA